AUGAAUCGAACUGGUGUGGCACUAGUAACUGGAGGUAGCCGUGGUAUUGGCUUUGCUGUGGCUCAGCAGCUUCAUCAGCGUGGUUGGCAGGUCGCUCUUACUUCUCGUACUAUCGAGCGAGCUCAAGCAGCGGCGCAGAAGAUUUCUGCAACUGUAUUGCCACUGGCGUAUUCAUGUCCACGGCGUGACGAAGGAGACGCCAGUGUCGAAGCUGUCCAGCUUGUGGCAAGAGUAACAAAUGAAUUUGGUGCUAGUCCAUCAGCUCUCAUCAAUGCUGCAGGCAAUUCAAGGGAUAAUUUGCUCUUGCGACUUAGCAAUAAUGAGCUCGAUGAUUUGCUGCUCACAAAUCUUGUAGGACCCGUGCAUAUGUGUAAAGCGGUAGCGAAAGGAAUGAUACAACGUCGUAAAGGUAGUAUUAUCAAUAUUGGCAGUGUCGUGGGUGCAGCAGGGAAUGUUGGACAGGUCGCGUAUAGUGCAGCCAAGUCAGGACUUGUGGGCGUCACUAAGACAUUGGCCAAGGAAUUAGGCAACCGUAACAUUCGAGUAAAUUUAGUUGAGCCAGGUUUUAUAAUGACCGAUAUGACGAAUGCUAUGACGAGUGCUGCACGCGAGCGUGUUUUGGACAAAAUACCAUUGGCUCGAUUUGGGAAGGCAGAUGAGGUAGCUCAACUUGUAACGUUCCUAGCAAGUGAUGAGUCGUCGUAUAUUACUGGACAAUGCAUACGUAUUGAUGGAGGACUCGUGAUUUAG